UACAUGUUGUCAGUUUUUUUUUUAUAAAUUGUCUUUACAAGUUUGAUAGGAUAAAUUACUUGUCAUUAAAAUCGCUUUAUUUAUAUAUUUUUUUGCUAACACGUUAACCUUAUGACCAAGUGUUUGGACCUCUGGGAUGUUUAAACGGAAAACAUUGACAUACGAAGCUAACUUCGGGACUAGCUUACAGGAUGUCUAAACUUGAGCGUUUGAACGCCCGGGUGGCCAGACUCCUGACCGAAGCCGUGCAGGAGGUUCUGGAGGUGGUGAAGGAGACGGUGUCAGAGUACCAGGAGAAAACAGCCAGGACACAGAGAGAGAACGAGAGUCUGAAGAGGAGACUGCAGGAGCUCCAGGACAAGAUACCAAAAGAAAGCACCCAUGAGAACACAUAUAAUUUUUCUGUCCUGACUACAAGUGGGCCAUCAGCAGAGGAGAGCGACACAACAGUGAAGCAGGAUCGGAGCAUCAUUCAGAAGCAUGACUCGGAUGUUGUUGCUCUCACAGAGCAAAACAGCAACCAGCUCAACUAUGUCUUGAAACAGGAGACUAAAGAAAAAGAGAGCCACAGCGGUAUUCAGACACAAGCUGAGUCCAAGUUGGCGCAAACGUCCACAGACCACCACAAAGUACAGCUGGCAGAUGCAACGCACAACUUAGAGGGGCAGCGUAUGCCGUCUGAAACCAGGGAUGCCGGCGCAGACCCUUACUCCAGCGCACUGUUUGGGUUAAACAUGGCUGCCAUCAAAAGUGAAUCAGAGCCCACAGACUGCAUGUCAUCACAACAACCAUGUCUUCAAUCCCAGUACACCGGCUGCAUGGAUUUAAGCUGCAACUCGUCUCGUCACACCUCUGCCGAGACCCUCAGGCCGCAAGCUAGCGCUGAGCCUUACGGACUCGUUUUCGUUCGUUCAAAUCACAUGGCACACAGGAGGCAUGGAUUAGCAAAGAACACCAGGGCCGGUUUGGACGGCAGACAGAUCAGGAUGGAGCACCUCAGGAGAGACGGCUUCCACUUGUGCGUGGUCUGUGGAAAGACAUUCAGCAGGGUUGGGAACCUGAGAAUCCACCAGCGCUGCCAUACAGGAGAAAAGCCGUACGGCUGCGUCCAGUGUGGGAGGCGCUUCAGUCAGGCGGGAGACCUGAAAAAACACAAAAGGGUCCACACGGGGGAGAAGCCGUACUACUGCAGCCAGUGUGGAAAGAGCUUCAGUCGAGGGGAGAACCUCAAAAGACACCAGAGGAUCCACAUCGGAGAGACGCUGCAGUUGCAGCAAGCGUGUCAGGAGCAGCGGUAGUGAUUACAGCACUGUCGAGUGCACAACAGUAAAAUCAGCACAGUUUUUUGUUUCUUUUUUAGAGAUUUUUAAAGGUUGAUUUUUGACCUGUGAUCCUAGUUUUAGAAACAGUUGCAGUGUAUUUAAAUUGUUGCUAACUCACUGGAGCUGUUGGAAGGCUCCUCUGUUUGUCACUCUAAGCAUGGAAAAGCCAGGCAUCUGUUUUUCACCCUCUUAACCAAAGAGGGGAAGUCUUAAAAAAAAGCAUACUCUCUAUAUCUGAUAUAUCUGAUAUAUCUGAUAUAUCUGAUAUAUCAUAUCCGUGCAGUGUUACUUUGGUGACACAACUCAACCGAGUGUUGAAAUUGUAAUAACAGACAGCAGCAGAUGGGCUUCCAUGCAUUGUUGUAUCUUGCAGGAAUAUAUGUCAGUACUCAAGAGAAGCAUCUUAAACAGGAAGCUUCUGUCACUUUUCAGCUAAUUGCAUUCUCAAGGUGUUACACAGGACAUAUAAAUAAACACCAGGCAUCAGUGUGGUUUACACAGGGUGUAUCAAAAGAGUCAUCCAAUUUGGAAAAGCUGUAUUUUUUAAAGAAACAGUGUUUCAGUCAUUACAGGUGAACGACUGAACAGUUAAAGCACUUUGACAACAGAUUAUUCCUUUUGAUACACCCUGUGUAAUGAAUAAAGCUAGAAAUGUAAAAAGAAAGGCACAAAAACAUGCAGAUUUAUAUAUAAAUGUGAGCUUUUCAUUUAGGUUGAAAGAUGUUAAGAUUUUAUUGGAGCUACAUUUGAAACAGCUUAUAAAGAAACAAGAGUCUGUAAAUCUUCAGCGAUACAUUUGUAUGGCCUGUGAAAUCUAAUCGAACUUAUGUAUGCUAAAAAUAUGUUUAUAUGUAUUUCUUGUGAAGCUCCGAGGGAAUGUGACUUCUAAAAGUUGGGUCGUGCCCAAAUGUUUCAUAAACACUGCGGCUUCAUUUAAAAAAAAUUAGAUUAUUAGCAUUUCUUUUACAUGUUUCUAUGAUAUUAUGAAGAACAAUAAUAAGCAUUUUAUAAGAUUCAAAUAGAUGACCCCUCCCUGAACCUGGUUCUGCUGGAGGUUUCUUCCUGCUAAAAGGGAGUCUUUCCUCUCACCAAGUGCUUGCUCAUAGGGGAUUGUUAUUGAUGGACUUUGCUCCAUCAUGCUGGAAAAUUGCCACCAGAUUGCUCUUGGAUCACGGGAAGAAGUUGGGCUUGGAGGACGUUUGUAGGAUAGUCAAUUCAUGAAAAGUAAUAAUAAUAAUAAUAAUAAUAAUAAUAAUGGAUUGCAUUUAUAUAGCGCUUUUCGAGACCCUCAAAGCGCUUUACAAUUCCACUAUUCAUUCAGUCUUACAUUCACACACUGGUGGAGGCAAGCUACAGUUGUAGCCACAGCUGCCCUGGGGCAGACUGACAGAAGCGAGGCUGCCAUAUCGCGCCAUUGGCCCCUCUAGCCAUCACCAGUAGGCGGUAGGUGAAGUGUCUUGCCCAAGGACACAACGACUGAGACUUGUCCGUGAGUGGACAAGCAGAAGCCCAAAAGCUGUGAUCGGCUUGAGAGCUCUGAUCAUGCAGAUCUCAAAAGCUGAUAUCCUGCAUGCCACAAAGAAUUGCAGAAGUUAUGAAGAAGAUGAUGAAAUGCUUGUGAUUGUGCUUCUGUGCCAGGGAAACAUGCAGGGGUUAAAGUUUCAUUCCCAAAUCUUCAGUUAAUGAGUAAUGAAUGUGCUGCAGUCUGGCGGUCCUUCCAGCUGAUGCCAUGGAGAUACUUACUUAGGAAGAGUACUGUAGCAUAAAUGGAGUAACUGUGUUUAAAGUGGCAGGUAAUUUCAAAGAGCUCAGCAAUAAACACACAAACUGUCUGCGCAGCUUGGUUAUGCAAGCUAAAGAUACAGCUGCUAUUUUUCAGAGAGAGAAAAAAGUGAAUCUGUGAUAAAAAUCACUCUCAGAGAUGGAGAAAAAUAAUAAAAGGAUGACGAGGUUAUUUUCAAAAGCUAUGAACUCAGAGAGUGAUAGUUGACAAGCUAGAAAUUUAAAGCUACAUGUAAUGUGAUUUAAAUGGUCCUUGUUCUGUUUUUGUUUUUUUUUAUCAGAAGCUAGAUCUGUGCAGGAUGUUUUGCUGUAGCUGAAUUGUUAUUUCAAGUUGUGAAAGUUGAAUUGGAAUCAUUUUGUGUUAUGUAAAUGGUAUGAAAAUACUACACAGUUCAGUGCAGGCUAAACUGCUAUGUUAGCAGUGUUUACAUCCAGUGUACAGUACUGUGCUGUGUUGUGCUGCUGUAGAGCAGGCUGUGGUAUUCGUGGCCACUUAAGUUAGGUUAAGCAGUGGUGGAGAUGGAUAACCAGGUGAAAUAUAUGAUGUAAAACUCAGGUAAAUUUACUUUGCUGAUGAAAUUCACCUUUAUUUAAGUGAAAUUUAACACGGUUUGAUUUAAAAGAAAAAAAAAUGUAAUUCUGAAGUUUAAAAACCACCAAGGUGGAUCGAGGCUAGCAGCCGUCAGUUUAACUUCAGACUGAUGAUGCUAGAAAUUAGUCAGAAGAAUUUAAGCUGUUUAGCUUAAAGUCUACCUUUCAUAUUGCCCUUAUACCGGCCAGGUGUUGAAAUAACCGCUUCAUAGGUCAUGUUAAAAUCACAAAAAACAGUUACUCUAUCAGCUGACAGCCUGUACCCACAAAGAGAGAGAAAAUCUAAUGGCACUCACAAUGAAAAUUAAUUUGUAACUUAUUAGUAAGUGAUUCAUUAGCUCAUGCUGCACUGCUCAGUGGAUCUUAGGGGUUUGCAGCCUGCCAAAUCCCACUGUAACCCAUGGAAACAUGUAAGAAAUAAUCUAAAUAAGAAAUGAAGCAGCAAAGUGUUUAAAACACAGACUUUUGGCUAUACAAAAAGGAAAUAAAUAUGUUCUUGCAAGUUAGAUGGUGUGCAGGAGUCUCUUUGUCUCCUUUGGUACCAGCAUUACAAAUGCUAUAUUGAUAUAUUGAUGUGUGUCUCCUAGGUCUGAUUCCGUUAUAACAGUUUCCUGUGAAACGUUGGUUUGAAAAGGAGUUAACUCGACGAGUUGACCUCUUUCGGUCACCUGCAGAAUGUGUCGUCAUUUCAGUAAAUGUCAGAGAAACCUUUUAAAAAUCUGAAUUGCAUGAUUGUCAUUAAAGCUACCCGACUUUCCAGACUGAUUAAAGGCUUUCUGAUGGUUAGACAUAUGUAUUGCAAGUUAAACUUGGUUUGUGAAGCAGAG